AUAUGAAAGUUACAUCAUCAACAUUUAUUACAGAAGACUUUUUUUAAAAAAAAUUUACUCAUUUUGUAACAGAAGUACAAAUACAACUGCAGAAGAAUCAUUUCUAUUAAAAAACUAAAUCCCCAAUUACCAAACCCUCCCAUUUUGUCCCCAAUCCAAAAAUCCAUAAAAAUGUCUGAAGCAUCAAAUAACUCCACCCCAUUUCUUCGGCCAUUGCAGGGCUCAUCCGAUGUCGACAACCCAUCACGGACGGCGCAGAGGACAGCUCUCGCCUUACUCCUUGGCCGAGCUUCUGGGCGCCGUGGUCCUUCUAUGCUCGUCAGGGAGACGGCUGCGCGUGAGCUUGAGGAGCGCCGCGCCGAUUGGGGUUACUCCAAGCCGGUGGUGGCACUCGAUAUAUUAUGGAAUAUGAUAUUCGUUUUAGCAUCUUUGGUUUUGCUGAUCUGUACUAUUGAUGAAAACCCUAAUGUUCCAAUUAGGGUCUGGGUUUGUGGGUACGCAUUUCAGUGUUUGGUUCAUGUUUUGUUGGUGUGGUUGGAGUAUAGAAGAAGGAGGAUUGAGAGUGGGAGCUUGAGUAGUCGUCAUGGUGGAUCAGAUCUUGAAGCUGGUGAGAAUGAUGAAUUUAGGGGUAGGUUUGAUUUCGAUGGGAAUGAUAGUGAUGGAGAUGAUAAUGGAGGUACGCCUAUGUCUGGUGCUUCUCAAUCUAGCUUCUCAAAACGAUGUGAAUCUGUAAACACAAUGGCAUCAUUUCUUUGGUGGAUAGUUGGCUUCUAUUGGGUAGUGUCUGGUGGUGAGAAGCUACUACAAGAGGCCCCACGACUGUAUUGGUUGUCUGUUGUCUAUCUGGCAUUUGAUGUUUUCUUUGCCAUAUUCUGUGUUGUUUUGGCGUGUUUGAUUGGAAUUGCCCUGUGUUGCUGCUUGCCAUGUAUUAUAGCAAUUCUUUACACAGUUACUGGACAAGAGGGUGCCUCAGAGGCCGAUCUUAGUGUACUUCCAAAAUACAGAUUUCAAAUGUUAAACAAUGAUGAAAAAUUUGGUGUGGGAGCUGGGCUGAUGGUUCCUAUGGAGACUGGCAGUGGAGACUUGGCAACUGAACGUGUUCUUUUACCUGAAGAUGCAGAGUGUUGUAUCUGUUUGAGUUCAUAUCACGAUGGAGUGGAGCUUCACGCUCUACCUUGCAACCACCAUUUUCAUGAAACAUGCAUUGCGAAGUGGCUUAAGAUGAACGCAACGUGUCCCCUUUGCAAAUACAACAUUAUCAAAGGAACCAAUGUUUGAACUAACCAGGAAAACCGUUACGCCCUUCAAGUUAUAUUUGUACAGUUUUCAAAACGAAGGAGAGUUGUUACAAUUAAGAAAAAUUGUUCCAAGAAUGUAGCUUAUAGUCAUCAUUUUUCGUAGACAAUUCUCCCAGCACCAGCACCAGCGCGUUAAGGCCUCAGUGUCUAUGUAAUCAACGACCCUUUAUAUAUAGAAUUAUCUGUAUUUGUAUUUUUGAAUGUAAUUAUAUUUGUAUGAAUUAUAUAUAUGAGAGGUAUUCAAAAUUCAUGAAGGGAUUUUUGUUUUAAAAGCCUGGUGACUGAUAUGCAGUCCUGGUUCUACUAUUUUAUGUACCUAUUUUGUUCCAUUUUAAGUUAUUUUGUAAAAUAAUUAAUUUUGGUUUUAUUAGCAAGAACUGCUUAGUAAUC